AUGCCGAGAUCGGCCACGGCUCCUGACACAUUUCCUCCGGCAGGUCCUGGCAUGUAUUUAUAACAGGGGGAGGGCCGUGGGAGCGGGGCCGGCUCUGGAGAGGGACGGCGCGGGCAGCUGAGGCCAGCCCAAGCCGGGGCCGAACGCCACCACAGCCGCAGGGGUCGCCCGCGUCCCUCAGCCCCGCGUCCCUCCGCCGGCAUGAGGCGGGCCGGGCCCUGGUGCCUGCUCCUGGCCGCGGCCUGCGCCCUGGGCCGGACCGCGCCGCCCCCUCGGGCCGCCGUGCGCUGCCCGCCCGCCGGCGCCUGCUUCAGCGCCCACCGCGCCAACGUCUCGUACGCCGAGGCCCGCGGAGACUGCGACCGGCGGCGGGGCGGCCUCGCGUGGGUCAGCGGCGAGCCGGAGCUGCGCCUGCUGCUGGGGCUGCUGGCAGAUGCGGCGGUGCCCGCGCCCGCGCUGUUCUGGGUCGGGCUGAAGAGGAACGCCUCCUCCUGCACCCGCGAGGAGCAGCCGCUCCGCGGCUUCUCCUGGGAGGGCGUCGGGGGUGGGACGGUCCCGCGGGAGCCGCCGGCGGCGCUCGGCCGGUGGCUGCAGGAGCCCCUGCGGUCCUGCCUCAUCGCUCGCUGCGCUGGGCUGCAUCUGGCGGCUGAGCCCGGGGGCGGCCGCAGCUGGGGCUGGAAGGAGCGGGCCUGCCAGCAGAAAAGCCCGGGCUACCUCUGCAAGUACCAGUACGAGGGUGCUUGCCCCGACCUCAGUCCCGCGGGCGCCCUCGACCUCGACUACCUGCUCCCCUUCGAGGAGCGCAGCGGCGGCCCCGGCUUCAGCCCGCCGGGCACCGUGCUGACGGUGGCGUGUCCCGGCGGGGAGGUGCGGCUCGCCUGCCAGGCCGAGUCGGGCGGCUUCGCCUGGAAGGCAGAGAAGCCCCUCUGCCCCUGCCCCUUCGGCCGCAGGAGCCCGGACAGCGGGCCGUGCGCCCAGGCCGCCGGGUGCCGCGAUGCCGCCGGCGGCUUCGCCUGUGCCUGCACCGCUGCCGGCCCGGACGGGACUGCCUGCCCGGGCACGGGGCCGGCCCCCACCGCUGCAGGCGACCCCGCGGAGCCGUCGGGUGCCAGCGCGGAGGGGCAGCGUCUUUCCAUCCCGACGCCCGGCGGUUCCAGGGAGCCGCCGGCCACCACCGGGGCCGCUACCGGCGGAGAGAAGGCGGCUGGUGGGCCGCCCUCCUCCUCCCUGUCUUCCAACUACGUUUUCAUCCUGGUGACGGUCGCGGUGGUGGUGCUGAUCAUCCUGGUCAUGACCGUCCUAGGGGUGUUUCAGAUCUGCUUUAGCAAGAAAUCCGAGGGCCGCGGGGACAAGGAGCCGCCGGAGGCCGGCAGCAAGGCAGAGGCCGGCUCUGCGGAGCCCAUGGGAGCAGCGGGCGGUGAAUAA